AUUAGCAGAUUCAUAUGCAGCUAUGCAUAGUAACUCCGGUUCACCAAUAACUUUGAAUGUGGAAGAUGAGGAGCAACAGACCGAAAAACAGUUCAAGAUUGAAAAGUGGCAGAUUGCACUUUGUAACAAAAGCAAACCUCAGAAGUUUAUAAAUGACUUGAUGCAAGCACUUUAUACACAUGAAUACAUGGCUACACACAGCCUGACAGGCGCAAAGUCCUCCUCUUCAAAGGAUAAAGCAGCAAAACCAGCUAUGAAUCAGAAUGAAGUUCAGGAGAUCAUAGGAAUCACAAAACAGUUGUUUCCAAACACAGAUGAUGCUUUAAUUAGGCGAAUGAUGGGACAAAAACUGAACAAUUGCACCAAGAAGCCAAUUUUAAGCAAAGAUGUUAACUCAGGUGCUUUUCAGAAGCAUAGCUUUUGUGGUUCGACAGCUGCUCCUCAGGGCAUCAUCUCUUCUGCUGUUCCUCCCAGCACACAAGACCAGCAGGAUGAUGAUUCAACAGCUGCUAAUGCACAAAUUCAGCAAAGCAACAGCCAUCUGUCUCCUCCACCUCCCACCACACAAGGUCAGCAGGAGUACUUCAAACCCACUUCUUCUAAGGUGGAGUCUCAUCUCACCAGAAGCUCACCAGCGCCCUCUCCCAACCAGGGUUGCAGACAGGAUCUCAGGAAUUCAGACAAAGAGUAAUAGAAGGUAUUUCAUACCGGUUUAAAUUCUCAAUGGAGAUUAAGGAGUAGUAUAAAAUAAAAAAGAAGUAAUAUCUAAAUCGGCCUAGAAAUAGUGGACAGAGAUGCUGCAAGCAGAAUAGAAGCCUGAGAACCAUUUUCUCAAACAAAUUAAAAUCCCACAGCAUAGAAAAAAAUGAAGGCAUAUUAAUAUCUUUGGCUUUAAGAUAUUAUUAAAUAUAUGCAUGUUACACAGUAAUUAAAAAAAUAUAAACUCAUUCUGAAGAAUAUAAGAAGAGUUCCCCUUAGCUAGAAAAAAACAUGAUUUAAAGUAAUACCAAAAGAAUGUAUAAAAGGAACCUUAAUCCCCUUGCUUUCACCUUGAUAGCUGAUGGAAAACCGCUUUACCGAUCAGAGAAAGCUAUUGCAUAUUAAUACAAAAAAGAUAUAGAGGUAUGAAAAGAGAAUAGAAAAAUUUCCUAGUGAAAUUAAGACUAUGACCAGCACAGGGCCACGUGAGCAGAGAAGGAAUAAAAUAGCGGAGGAUGCUGUUAACUUGGAAAGAAGAAAAUAUUCUUGGGGCAAUGAAACUGCAGCUCUCAAGAUGUCUGCAAGAAAGCAGCAGCUCAUUUUUAACCUCUGAAAGCUGGAAAGGCAAUGAAAGAAGCCAUGUUCCCUCUUAGCUCAGGGAAGGGUCCUCCAGGAUAGCCUCUUAGGUUGUGGAGGCCAUACCUUCUCUCACAGGCCUUCUGCUGCUGGUAUCCUGCUGGCAUCCUGCUGGCUUGGCAGCUCUUGCUCUCCCUUCUUCCCUGAACAUCAGGGUGCCUGAUCCCUCUGGUCAGGAAAUGGAGGACUGUCUUUUGGAAGCAAGUAGUACAAGGCAGAAUUGCCAGCCUUUACUCCCUGUGUUCCAAUUUUGGUAUGCUACCUCUUGCUGGGAGAGUAAGUAGGCAGGCAGAGCUUUCCUUACGGGACUGGGACUAGAAAAAUCCCAGUAACUGUGCAGUUCCUCUUGAAAUUUAACACCACUUGCCCCUGGGAGCAGCUGGCAGUCACACACCCUCUAAUUGCCUGAGGAGGAGGAGGAGGGGGGAAGCUACAUUUUUUUCCUCACUGACUGAUUCCAGGUUUACAGGGUGCUGGUAGCAUGGGAAGGAGAGAACACUUGGAUUAUAGCAUUCGUGCUUGAGUGUACUUCUCCCAGAUCAGAGAGUGCUAAUACUUAAACCUAUUUUGUAUGUGGCAAACAAACAACUAAGGAGUCAAGAUGAAGGAAAAAAAACCCAACAUAAAGUUGAAGAAACCUAGCUUGACUUGAGGAAGAUUUCUGUAACUCAGGAGAUCUGAGCUAUAGAAAUAAAUUAGAAAUAGUAUUAGGGUGAAUGCCAGAAAAAAACCCUGAAGAUAGGUUAGCAGCCAAAUACCUCUAAAAGAAAGUGCUGCAAACAUAACUGUACUAGAACAAUGCACUAACAAAAUGCACUGUGAAGAAGACUUUUGUGGGGCUGGGGUAUGAAUUAAGUGAUCUGCUAGCCUUUUCCAUCUCUCAUGUCUAUCAAUUCCUUAUAGAUAAGAUCAGGAUGAAAGCAGGUAUGAAAUAUGAUGUAAGUCCUAUCUCAUGUUAUUAACUACUAUCCAUAAAAUGCAACAGAAGGAUGUUUGCUAUUAUGUAUAUUUUGUAUAUGUACUGUAUGUACAGCAUAUAAGAAUGUAUAUAGUUAAUCAUAUUUUUGAAGCAACUUUCUAUAAAAUAAAAUGAAACAUUACUA